AGAGAGAGAAAGAGAGAGAGACAGACAGAGACACGGAGAGAGAGAGAGAGAGAGACACAGAGACAGAGAGAGAGAGAGACGGAGAGAGAGAGAGAUGAAGAGAGUAAACUUUCUGACUAAAGAUAAUGGCGAUCCUGAUCAUCAGUAGUCUGUUAAUCCUGGUCCUGCUCGGUGUUCGUACAGACGAGUCUAAUCUGUUCUGUAUCCGGUCUGUACGGGUGCAGAGGAACACGGGGUGGAGCGCUCGUGUAACAGAACGCCUGAUGAUCAACUGUACUGUACAAUCAAACUGCAAAGACAACAUCACAGUGAAAUGGUGUAAAAUUGACAUGAAAAACCAAUGCAUACAUUUAAAUCACUCCAAUCACACAUCAACAGAAUGGAGGACCAUCAGUGAGUGGGAAAGAUUGUUCUUCCUGAUUUUCUGGAACAUAUCUCUUCAGGAUUCUGGACUUUACAAUUGUGAGAUACUGACACCUGUACACACUAUGGGCCAUGUCAUCAAUGUCACUGUGACAGACUAUAAUGCUGUAAGCACUGAGACCAUUACAGAAGGUUCUCCUGUGACUCCAGUGACAGAUAUUACAAACACACACCUGAGUAGUGAGAAGUGGUUGUAUGUGAUCUACUUCAGUGCGUUUGUAGUCGCUCUGAUCCUCGCUGUUCCACUCAUGUGUCGAGGUUUAAAGAGGUUUCUGGAGGACGAGGAUACCAUGACAACUGUGAUUUAUGAAGAGACAGAAAAGUCCAGUGUUCAGGAUUAACACAAAUCUACAGUGAGGAAAUCUCCAGGAUUUAUUUUAAUUAGUUUUAUGUUGUUUAGAUCGUCAACAUGAAGUUAAUUAAAGUCUAACGAUGUUCUUUGUCUUCACACAUCAGAUUCAUGCGAAGGCAUUCAGCCUGUGUGUUAGCGUUAGCAUGCUAAUGCUGUGUGAGCGUUAGCAUGCUAAUGCUGCUGAUCAGAACAUGGAGUUUAAACAGCGAGAUGUUUGAAUGUGUUACAUGUUUGUUUUAAUGUUAAACUUCAGAUAAUCUCAUUCUAAAUGUUUAUUAUAAACGUUAUGUUGUCACUUCUAGAACUUUUCCACCAUUUGUUAUGACAAAUUAUUAAAUAAACUCUUUCUGAAAUUA